CCAGGAUGUUCCUGAGCAGCCCGACGCUCGAGAAGACCAAGGCCAGCUCCUCCGCCAACAGCACCACCAGGACGAAGCGCAGCCUCUUCAGCCGGGGUCUCAAGCGACGCCGCACGAGGUCCAGCAACGGCAGCGACGAGGGCGGCCUUACCAAUGCCCACGCCCCCGCCCACGCCCGCGUCGUCACCACGGCCCUCUAUGGAGACUAUCCCAACAGCAUCAGCAAGGAUCACAUACCGAAGGGCGACACAAUCCGCCUGACGGUGGAAGGCAUGGCGGAGGAGGUGAAGGAGGCGGGGCCCGGCGACUACUCCAGCGCAGAGGACCUCCAUAACCUCAACAUCGGCUGGCGAGAGUAUAAUAAUGACAAUAACACCUUCAGGAGGACCAACUCCAAUAGUCGGUUCCUUUCCUUUCCUGACAGCGCCUACAGCCCCAACCUGGCCGCCCUUGGCACCAACCGCGCACAGGAGGAGAUCGUGCGGGCGCUCAAGAUCCUCCUGAGCCGACAGGAAAGCCAGGACGCCGACAAAAAGCGCCUCAACGAGUGGCGCGUCAUUGCUAUCGCGGUCGACCGCAUCCUCUUCUGGAUCUUCUUCUUCGUCACCACUGUCAGCUCGCUGGUCUUCCUGGUGAUCCUGCCGGUCGUCAAGCGCUCAGAAUACGUCCGCAAUACCUGA